GAGUUGCACUUGCAUCAACAUGCCCAUCGGCAGCAGGUCCUUCAGGUUGGGGUUGACCCGGUAACCCAUGCGAACAUGCAAUCCGAAGCAACAUCAGCCAUCAUGAACGCCAGAGCUGAGACAGCAGCCGUGUUUGGCGAAGCCGAAGCAGUGAUUCAGUCUCUAAGAUCAGAGAACCAACAGCUAGGUGCCCAGGCCGCUGCGAUUCAGGGUGAGUCGUAUGCCGCCAUACAGGCGCUAAGGUCCGAAAACCAGCAGUUGGGUUCACGCGCUUCGGUAAUUCAGGGUGAAGCUGAAACGGUGAUUGGAAACCUCCGAACUGAGAAUCAACAGUUGGGGGAGAUGAACCGUGAGCUCAACCAGAGGCUCGAAAAGCAAGCUAAGAUGAUCCUUGAGCAGCAAGAGUUAUCUAAGGCUAUGCAUCAGCAGCUAAUCGCGCUUCAGUCGCAUGUGCAAGCUGCCGAACCAAAGAACCCAAGCAUCCCUUCAUCGGCUAUCCCCGCGAGCUCUACCCAAAAUGGCGCGGAUCAGGCUGCGUCUGCAUUCAACGCAUUGCAGGCACUCGCGGGUGAAGUUGGGGGAACAAUGCGAAGGAUUGAACAAGCAAUUGAGGUAGCCCUUAGUCCCAAAGCCAAAGCAAAGAAGCAGAAAGCUAAAGCCGAGGCUACGGUUAGGGCCAUUGCACCAUCAGUUGCGCUGCCGAUCCCAGCUAAGGCUUCCGGUUCUAGCGGUUUCGUUGCUCCUAGUCCGGUUGAGUUUGGGGUACCACCGUAUCAAUGCAGUCGUAAGAACAUCUUCACGGGUAGAUUGCAUUCCGCAACACCCGCACAUCCUCCUCCUCCACCACACUCUGCACCGCAGAAGCUCAAGCCUCAAGUCUUCGACAUAGCAGAUGAAGAUGACUUUGAUGAGCAUGGUGAAGAUGAGGAUGAUGAGGGCGGAGAAGAUUUCGAGGAUGAUCCAAUCGUCCCGGUUGCGGCUCACGAGCCCGAGGAUGACAGAGAUUACGAGUCUAGCAUUUACAAGUACAAAGACCUGAAAGACAUCAAGCUUCCCCAAAUUCCGGGUUCCAGCGUUGAGUUCAGGGCUUACCGCAAUUCGGUGUUAACACAGAUCGCGUCAAUAGAUUGCAGCGGCAAAGCCGUCCUGUUGAAGUGGCUUCAAAAGAGCUUAGAUCCAUCAGGUAGCAUUGCAUUGACACGGUCGCUUCAGCGGGAUUGUGAGGGUUUGCCUAGACUUGAUGGGUGGAUUUCCGCGUGCAUCAGUGAUGCGAAACACCUAAAAGGUGAAUGGGGAUUGCAAGCGCAGUCGUACUUGGAAAGGUGUCAUGCGUCUGGAACGAUGCCAUCGGGUCGUGCCCUCCUGUCCAUUCUUAGCAGAAGAUACCGGAUAGAUAAAGUGCGCGGGCCAUUGGUGACACUACAAUCCUUGUUCGAUUUAGAACCUGACUCAUUCUCCUACCAAUCGCUUGUAGCCUUCAAACAACGCGUCGAGUACGUGUUGAAUGGCUUACCGGAGCGGCAAUGGCCAGACGCCGAAACAAUGUUUUCAUGGAUCUACUCACGGCUAAAGGGGUGCAGGAUGCUGUCACGCACCAUUGAUCGGGUCAAAGAUGCCAAGCCGGGUUCCAAGCGUAGGACAUUUGAGUACAUUUGGAAUGGGCUAGAAGAGGUUCUUGCAGAAGUGCGCGAGGAUCGAAAUGAGCAAGCGCUAAAGGAUUCGCUCAAAGAGGAUUCCAAACAAAAGCAGAAACCAGAUGCCAACGCGAAAGGCAUUUUGACUGAUAUGUUCAGCGAUCACAUCCGGUCAACCAAGCCGUUGCAGUUUGAAACCGGGAAUGGUGUGACGAGCAGUGGGGAAGGUUCCGGUGCCGACGAUGAGGGUGAUGAGGAUGCACCAACCAAGGCUCAGCGGCUAAUCACUGAAGCCCAGACGCGCUAUGCAAGGUGUGAUGAUGAGUUAGAUCCGGUUGACGAGUUCGGCCAACGGAUAGCGGCUGACUUCAUCAUAGUGCACAAAGAGUGUUCGAGGGCUCUUCACAUUGCGGCAGGUUUUCAGUUGCAUUCGGGUCUUUGGGUCCAUACUGUCCGCUAUGCGGCACACACCAUUAAUCUCUUCCACCCUGCGGUUGGGAUUGAGGGUAGCCGGUAUGUAAACGCGGUUGGAUCCGAGUUUGGUGGCAUGAAAUUACAACUUGGUCAGCUGGUCUACUACAGACUUGACCCGGCAUAUCGUGAGAAGUUUCAGGCAUCAGCAGCGCCAGGGGUGUUUGCAGGUUGGCGGUUCGAUAGUGGUCCAUCAUCUUUCAGAGAAGUCUAUCACGUGUUGGACUAUGGUAAGCUAAAGAACCGUGAACCGGGGUACGAAAAGGCGAUCUCCGUCCCUAGAGAGGAGAUACAUGUUCCCCGCGGUAAUCCCAUCCUUCCGAUGUUCACCGCUGCAGAAGCUGCUUUGUCUAGUUUCACGAAAGCCGAGUAUGAAGCCAUCGAAUUCCUUGAUGUGCCGUUCAGCACGGUGGCACCAUCAACACCUGUGGCAAAGCGCCACGAGUACAUCACUUUAGAUAGGCUCAUGCGACUAGGCGCAACACCUGGUUGUAAGGCCUGCAAGUUCGAUGGAACAGUACACACACCAGUAUGUAAGGCAAGAUUCGAUGGUUUGAUUAAAGCCGAGAAGAUUGCUGCGAGCAAGUCAGUCAGAGACGCGGCACCGCCCGAUGUCGAGCGCCCUGAUCCUUCGGCGGAGUCUGCACCCGCAGCCCCCGAGGGUGAUGAGGAUGCCCCAGAGCGCGCGAGCUCCUCUGCUGGCCCACGAGCUCCAGCUGGUGUUGUGGUUCAGUCUUCUGAAAACAAGGUUUCAACAGGUGAGUUUGGUUUGAGUGCAAGGUUUCUCGCAAACGAGAGAGCGCGCAACAACACCAGAAGGGUUAAGGAACUUCCAGGGGAAAAUGUUCUGAUCGAGUAUGGUUGUGAAGACGCCAUCACCAUCGCUUCAAACUCUAGGCGAGUACUGGAGCACUUCGCAAAGGUGUCAACAAAGGAGUCGUCAGAGAUUAAUGCAACCAGCAUCGAGGCAUAUGAGUUUGCAGAUCUCGUGAUACAAUCCUUGUUUCCCCAGCGGUACUUCAAAAGUGUCCCCAAUCUUGGUAAAGCGAGCGCGCUUAUUACCAAGAAUCUCUCCCGCCGAGAAUGGCAAGCUGAGCCGAAGGCGCUCGAGGCCAUCGCUCAAGAAGCAGAGGGAUUGCGCCGAAAUGGCACAUGGGAUGACACAACAGCCAUGCCACUGCAUGAGCUGAGAAGUCAGGAGCGUUUUGGAGCGCAAGCGCGAAUAGUCGUUCGACUUCGCAAGAGCUUGUACGGCGGAAAGGAGUCCCAGGAGUUUCCAAGCAACUGGUUCUUUGAGUACAAGAUCACCGGGACAACGCCCGACAAGCUUCGUCGAGUGAACACGCCCUGCAUCGCUGAAUCGUCAAUGACCGACGAGGAUAUCUCAGCGCAAGGCGAGCUCCACGAUUCAGCAUCACGCAUCUUGAUGCGCUGUUUGUGGUUAGCUCGUCUCUGUAGAGCUGACAUCGCAUUUGCUGUAACUCGCUUAGCUUCCAGGAUCACUCGUUGGACCGCCUGGGAGGACAGACAAGUGCUCAGACUUGUGUCGUACAUUCAUCACACUAGAGAUGUUUGCAUGAAUGCCAGUUGCUCUUGGGAUGCUGCUCCCGAGCUACGGGUGUAUACAGACGCUGACUUCGCAGCCUGUCCCUACACUUCACGUAGCACGUCCGGGAUUGUAGUCCACAUAGGCACAGGUCAGCAUGCAUUCCCUGUGAUGUGGCAAAGUCGCAAGCAAACGUCUGUUGCGAGGUCGACGCCAGAGGCCGAAAUGAUCUCAAUGGCAUCAGCCAUGUUUUCAGAGGUCAUAAAUUUGCAGACGUUCUUACAGUCAGCCUUCAAAAGCACAGCGCCGAUCAUCUUCUUCCAAGACAAUGAAACUGUCUUGGCCAUCCUGAAGUCAGGAUACAGUCCUAAGCUUCGCCACUUAGGGCGCGUGCACCGCGUGAACGUGGCAAGUAUGGCAGAGAUCUUUGAGCAAGAAGAGUUUUCAGCUACUUACGUGAACAGCAAGGAGCAAUUAGCUAAUGGUUUGACUAAGAUCAUCCCUCCUGCUGAGUGGUCUGAUAUGCUCACACAGUUGUGCCUUCACGAAGGUGUCCCUCACAGUGCGACCGUCUCAAAGGUCGUAGCUGAGGAAGCAGAGCGUUUUGCAAGCUCACUGCCUAGAAAGAUCACACAAGAAGGCCUUGUGCAGCUUUUGUCGUACUUGCCAGGGGAGAGCGCCGUGCGCCCCUCUGCAAGUGAGGCAAUGUGCUUCACCACCGGUGCGUUCGUGCACGGAGGUGAGAAGGGCGAGAUCCUUAAAUGGCCAGCGAUCUUCGAUCCAAGACGGCUGCCCGUCGACAGCCAGCUGAAGCUGCGAGAGCUUGGAUUCCACUUCUAA